ACUCGGAAGGACAAACGAGGCACAAUCGGAAAGCGGUAGCGCCGCCGUCGCUACGUGUCUCGUGUUUUUUUUAACCUUCUGCUUCGGAUUUUGUUGUUACGGGAGCUUCUUCUUCUUCAGGAGUACGCCCCAACACGCAUUUGUAGUGCGCGCUCAAAAUCAAACAUUAAACCAGGGGCCGUCGUUCCCCCCCCCGCCGCCGCGUCACACUUCCCUCGUCCGCUGUCGUAACGCGGCGAUUGUAACGAAGCGUUGGGGGGGGGGGGGCGAUGGUGGACUCGCCCAUCAAGACUCUUGGUGCACGGCAGGAGCUGCCCGACAGACCCCCCCCCCCCCACGGAGGUUGGCAGUGCGGCACAGCGGGAUCGUGAACCAGUCCGUGCGGAUCUUUUAAAAGCGGCCUGGUCACAGCUCUUCCCGUGUUUGCGGUGGGAGGUUUUUUUUUGUUUUGUUUAGUAGACACACUGCGUUUUAAAAUAGCAAUUUGGGGAGUGGGAAGGGGAGCGAUUGAGCGACCUUCAUGUGCUAUAUGUUAAUUAUAGCACAUCAUUAACGGGUUAUUGCUAAGCAAAGUCUGGGAACCGGUGGGCAUUAUUUAGAGGCCUACUAUGCAACCCGAUUGCAGUAAUCGUACUGUAGUUGCAUUCUCAACUAGGGUCACACGGCAAGUGAAAUUGCCAAGACCGUCACCUCUUUACCAGACUCUUAAAACGUGAUCGAGUGUUUUGUGAAUAAUUGCAUGCUGCGUCAUGUGUGUUCUGCAACAUGCAUAUGGGUAACGUUUGUCGCCAUCCUAAUGUUUCAGUCAGAUACGGGACUUGCAUUUUUAAGGACGCCACUUUUGCUUUAACGUAGAGCCAGCUCAAGCCUCGUUUUCGCACUCGGAAAAUAUUUAUACGACAGGAUAAUGAACGCCUUUAAAUGACGAUUCAAACAAGCUGCGUUUCUAAUUGUUCGACUGCUUUUUUAUAUACAGUAAGUACAGCAUACAGGAAAAUGUCAUUUCCACAUGUCAAACAUGUUUCGAGUCAAUGAUGCUUGAGGCCUUUCAGGCCAUUGCUUUUCGAGCGUGACUUUAAGCAGACAAACUAUUGACCAGUUUUGACUGUGUGUGUCUCAUAGGUAGUGUAUCCUGUUAAAUAAAUGCCGUCGGUUUGCCAGACGUUUUAGGCAAAGAGCACACCGCGAAGACAAGGGCCUGUUCAGCACAAGACGUGCAUAUGUUCAACCCCCCACCACCUACCUCCAAUUAUCCCCAGUAUUGUGGUUUCCAUCAGGAUCGGUGUGGCUUAUUCCACCUGUCACCCACCUCCACCUAUCCUCAAUGUUGUGCUCGUCAUAAUGACUGGUAAUGUUUUUUUUGUCACACCAACCGUCCUUGCUCUCUCAACUUUUCACAGUAUUUGCGGUCGACAUAAGAGGCUGGUAAUGGCCUGGUCUGAUCGCUUGGAAGCGGCCGUGAACGUCGCCCUUCGAGUGCCCGCCCUGGUCCUCCUGGAUGCUCUCUACACGUGGGACGUGAGCACGCUGGUGUCACGGCUGCACACCAACAGUGACGGCAUGCUCUUCAAGUACAAGUUUGCAGUAUGGAAUGCGUUCUUCCUCGGCCAUAUUCUUGGAUUUGCGGUGCUGUUGUUGCCCAUUGGGAGGCUCACAUCGCUCUACCUGCACCUUAUGGCUGGCUUUCUACUGGCCAGCACACACAUUAUUGCAAGAAGUUAUAUUGACUUUUCACUUACAUCAGAAGAGUCUGUUUAUGCCAACCACAAUUUAUUCAUUCAUCUAAUUGGAGCUAUAUUAGCCCAGGUUUUGGUGGAAGUGCUUUGUGCCUGCUGCCUCAAGACCCGGAAAGUUUGGCGUUUCAUGGGCUCCUCCCUUCCCCUUAUUGGGGUCCUCUGUGGCCUUCCUAGCUCUGUUCUUCCUCUGCUACAGCGGUUUGCAAUCACCCUCAGUGUUAUUCAAGUAAUGUAUGCCGCAUUAUCAAAUAUCUACCUGCCUUACUACCUGCUGCGGCAAGCGUGGGCAGAGGGACGCCAGUUGAUGGCUGCUGAAGGCAUUGUCACGCUACUGAUCUUCAUGUGGCAACAGCUGUCCGUACCCUCGCUUUUUCUGACCUUCUGGCUGGUCCAGUUCAUGACUCAGACUUCGCUGCCACCAUUGGACUCUAAGGAGGACAACCUGGUGCUUAUACUCACCAGUGUAGCCAAGUGCUGCGGUAGCCCAUACCUCCUGCUGGGCCUGACAUCUGUGGUGUCCCACGUAGCCCAAUCUUUGCUGUCCCUAUGCAGACUUUACCUGCACGGUUUCUCUGUGCUUCUACAGCAAGACGCCGUUUACCGGGGAAUUUCGGAAGGCGUGAUGUUUCUGAUGAUGGCGAUGUGUACGGGGCUACUGGAGCUGCAGCUCGUGCAUCGAGCUUUCCUCCUCAGCAUCAUCCUCUUCGUUGUGCUGGCCUCCACCCUGCAAUCUGCACUCGAAAUCUCUGAACCUGUUCUGCUCAACUUGGCUGCUGCACGUGAUAAGAAUCGGUGGAAACACUUCCGUGCGUUGAGCAUGUGCUUGUUCCUGUGCCUCUUCCCGAUGUUCCUGAUGUGGAGGAUCAACCUGCUUCUCCCAAUGGAUUCCUGGCUCAUCCUUAUAUCAAGCACUGUGUUAACGGCGCUCCAGGCAAUGAGUAGUAUCGUUAUCUACUUACUCUUCUCCUUUGAAGAGCAGCGUGACUGGCCUCCCGAAUUCAUGGACGAUGUUGUCUAUUACCUGCAGGGGUUUUGCCGCGGCCUGGAGUUUUUGGCAUCCCUGGGGCUCGUGGUGUUCAGCCUGCUCGAGUGGACGGGCGGUGGAUGGAGCUGGUCCGGCGUGACUGUGGUGCUCGCCUACGCCUACUACAACCUGUGGCAGCGCGCACAUGCCGGCUGGCGCAGCCUGAAGCUGCGGCGCAUGGCUGGAUCCCGCGUGGCUGCCAUGCAGAGGGCCUCGCCGCAACUGUUGGCGCAACAUGGAGACGUGUGCCCAGUCUGUUACCAGGACAUGAAGGUGGCAGUAUUGACUCCUUGCGGCCACAUGUACCACCCCAGUUGCCUGCGCAAGUGGUUCUAUGUGCAGGACACUUGCCCCAUGUGCCACCGCAAACUCGGGGCAGAGGAAAGCAGCAACAACGUCGACACGGCAGAAUAUGAUGCUGGGCUCAGACCCCCACCAGAUGCCCCCCAGCCUAAUGGAGAUGCAAUGUGAAUAUUACAGCAGAUACUUGCUCAAUGAGGACUUGAAAACACAAUAAAACACACGUGGAUAUAAACAAUAGAAGCGUUCUGCAUGCUGGAUCAACACAGCCUCACACAAUCAAUACUAGCCUACCACAUAUUGUCUUGUUACAAUUCGCGGCAGGAAUUCACCAAAACACGUGAAACGGGGAUACAGAAAACUUGUUUGAAAAGGCCACCACCCUUUGCCAACUAAAUGUUCUGCUUUACACACAAUUGUGGCCAUUCUGAACGGGUUGUUGCAUUGCUUGUGGGGGGCAUGGUGUUGGUAGAUUCAGAAACAAAAUAUCCAAGAAGGCUUGCUGCUACUCGCCAUGCUGAUAAAAAGCCUUAGUGGUAUCACAAGGUGGAGAUGGAGCAGUGGCACAGUAGUUAGCAUACUAUACACUACUAACCUGCCCAGUCCUGCUUAAAGGCAAGAACCCCCCUGCUCGUGAACCUACAAGGGACCCUUCACCCCUCGCUGUGUAAUGUGUCACUUGUCACCCUCGCAAAUAAGAUGUUACAUCUCGAGGGACUUUCCAGGUUCAAUAUUUUAAAUAAAUAAAUAACCCACUCACUUGAGAUUCACAGACACGGCUCAGUGGUGGGUGAUAUCAGAACUUUUCCUGGGCCACCCUACAAACCUACACGGACCAGUGUGGUGAAGUUAGGUCAAGAACCCACAUGACAGUGUGGAGAGGCCUUAAUCCAGAAGUGGAUUAACAUAGAGCUGUUAUUUUUUUUCUUUUAUCAAUGUGAAGAACAAUUUCAGCGUGGUACGGAGAUUAUCAAUUAUGCAUCGUUGUGUAGAUGAUAGUGCAAUCCACCAUCGGGAUUGGUUUUUCUGGCUUGCAAACAUAUACUAAAAAAGUUGAAGUUGGUUAUAGGGUUCAGCUGACAAUGAUAGGUUAACUUUUUAUUGAUUCAUUAAGACAUUAUUGUGGCUACCGUCGUUCCCUAGAGGAUGACUUCGUUCUAAAAUCAUUCAGAAAUGGCCACUGCCAUCAUGGGAUAUUUUCAUUUUCGGUGAAUGCCAUUGACCCAAACAUUGUUUUAAUCACUCGUACACACACAACGGAAACAGUCAUAGUACAUGGCAACAUCACAUGUACCCCACUCGCGGGGACCUGAGGUCUAGACGAAUAUGUGAAAAGGUUGAAUUUGAUGAACAUCUCAAGAAAAUAGCACUUUACAACAUACGCAAAUAGGUUAGUGGACAAAAAAGUGAAAAUUGUCUGAACAUGGGUAAAUGCUUUCCUAUCUAUACUCUAGACGUACGCAAAGGUAGGGAAGGUUAAGAAUUCAUUCCUGUAUAUAUGAAAAGGUAAAGAUUUGUUGAACAUCUAUAGCGAAUGACAGUUAAAGUGUGGACAUACUGCACUGGGCGUGCACAGGGUGGCUACGUGAUGGACGAAUAUGUGACAUUGUACUUUCCAAUCAUUAAGAUGUUGUGUACUCGAGCAAAAUAUAUUGUAACCAAAUUAUAAAAUACACAAUAGUUACUUUAACUUGAGAGACGGGGGCUUUUUUCCACACGUGCCUUCAUGAAUGUUUUUGAUUUAUUAGUUUGCGUGUUUGAGGAGCAAGAACCCUCUGAAUUUCACUCUGCGUACAACCAAAUCGUAAUUUUUACCUAUAAUCUGCAUCAGGAUGUUGGGUAUGAUUAUGACUUUUGUAAUGAAUAUUGGUUUGGCCCCGUAAGUUUGAAAAAGUACAUACUGUAGAUAUAAUUUUUCUAAAGUUUCAACGUUUCCAUCGAUGUGAAGUUGGAACGUUUUGUAAUUGUAUUCAAUUGUUCCUGGUGUAACUCGUUUAUGUAAACGCUGAAUUGUGAAAAAAGCUUGAAAUGUUAAUAAAAUGUUUAUUUUUGUGUGG